AUUUAAAAUGCCCACAAAUGAAUAACAAUCUGUCAUUUUACAUGUCGCUGUUACAUGGUUACACGUCAGUUUUAAACUUUAAUAAAGCAUGUUAGUAAGUUUUGAUGAAGUUCAUGAAAUAAAUGCGUUUUCUUCUAAUUUAUAUAGAUUAUUCUUUUACAAUGUGUACAGUGCGCAAACAUGAAAGGAAUCUGCGUAUCUAAAAGACUUCUUUUUAUAAACAUACUGUGUUUACUUUGGCUACCAAAUUUCUGUGAUAUUAAAAAUGAAGUUGAUAGCCAAAGUGUGCAAGCCAACAAAGACAUGCCCAAUGUUAUUAUUAGAACUGAUGAUGUACCCUCCUUGCAAGAAGAAGAAAUACAUCAGCAGCAAUCAGUAGUAAAUGUUCAAAGGCCAAAUGUAGAAUAUGUAAAUAAAGUAGAUACCAAGAAUAUUGUGAAUAAUAAUGAUGUAAACAAGUUAGAAUCUCCUAAAAGUCUUUCAAAAGAAAAUCAUCCAGAAGAAAUUAUAACAAAUUUAGACAGCAGUAGACAUGAGGAAAUUAGUAAAGAGGACAAAUCACUAUUAAGGCAAGAAAGUCCUUCUCUAACUGGCGAUUCAUCGUCUGACCAUAUCACAGAUACUCAACACCUUGAAAAGUCUACAAAACAUUCCGACAGUGUUUUACCUCCUGCAACUGAAGAACCAGAAAAAAUAAUUGGGCAACCUGAAGUAGAAAAAUCUAUUCCUAAAACAGAUUCUAUUGAGCCAAAAAUCCUACCUAGGCCUGCUUCCCCGGUAAAUGUUAAGCCCGUUAAAACUGUUAUGGAUGAUAAUUUACAACAUCACCAUCCUCACUACGAUGGAAUGCCCUCUUUUGAUGAAUGGAAGAAAAUGAUGCUCGCAGAACAAGAGAAAGGAGGUCAGAAGCCACCGUCUCCCUCUCCCCCUGGGAAGAAGAUUUCUAGUCAAAAACGUAGACGUAAUUAUUCCUCUUAUGAAUGUGGUGCCAAAAUUGUAGCCUCCAACACUGAAGCAGAGGGAACUAGCAGAAUUUUGAAUGAGUUGGUUGAUGAGUACAUGCUUAAUCCUUGUAAAGCUAAAAUUUGGUUUGUCAUCGAACUAUGUGAAACAGUUCAAGCCAAUCAGAUUGAAUUAGCAAACUUUGAAUUGUUUUCGUCUUGCCCCAAAGACUUCACAGUUUAUUCCAGUGAUAACUUUCCCACCCGUGAUUGGGUGCCCCUUGGAACUUUUACUGCUGCUGAGCAAAGAAUUCUUCAGAGUUUUGAGUUGAAACAAGAAGGAUUUGGCAAAUUCAUUAAAAUUGAACUACUAAGUUAUUACGGGACUGAACAUUACUGUCCCCUAAGCGUCGUUCGUAUAUUUGGUACAUCCAUGGUGGACGAAUAUGAGGAAAUGGAGACUUUGUCCAAUCAUGUUGAUGCUACUGAAGAUGAUUUAGACAGAUUAGAUAUUGUAAUUGAAGAUCAAAAACCAACUAAUUUACUUGGUAGCGCUACAGAUGCUGUUAUGAAUAUUGUCAAAAAAGCAGCCCAAGCUUUAGGACAACAUCAAGCUUCAGAUGAAAUGAAAGGAAAUGAGACUGUUAAAGAUCAGCAAAAUGUUUCUGAAGCUCAGCUGUGCUCUGUUGCUGACCAAUCUCAAAAUAAGUGUGAACCAGUUCCCAUAAAAACUGAUAGUGAUACUAUACUAUCCCCACACCAAUUUCCCAUUAUUUCAAGCUCUAUGCACCACUCAUUAUUUCGCCGAUUGCAUCGCUGUGACCAGUGCUCAUCACGCAUCCGUUAUUAUUCUUCAGCUCAACCGCAUUGCCGAUUCUUUCAAGCCGCUUUAGGGCCAGUAGUAUUUCAAGCACUCUGUGAUUGGUUCAAAGAGCACCCUGUAGUUAUUGCACAAGAGUCCUCAUCUCACAGAAAUAAAGUACCAUUGCCAAAUAUUGAUUCCAGUAUUUUUCCUACAAAAAGUCCGCCUCCCCAAGUUAUGAGGGUUGCAAUAGAAAACGAGUUGCCUUGGAAAAAACUGAUCUCAAAUGAUACUGUUCCUUUAGGUCCAAUAAAUGUUACUAAUAACUCUUCUUCAAAUAACUCUUAUUCUUCUCUAAACAUAAUUGCUAACUUAUCAAUAGGUAGUGAUAAAAUAGACUUAGAAGGCACACCCCAUAUUGUCUCCAUAACUUCAUUUAAUGAAUCUGAAGGAUUUUCUGGUACCCCUGAGUUGAGCGGGACGGUUUACCCUUUGCAUGACACCACAGAGACUUCGUCAAGCCAACCAUCUCAAAUUACUUCAACCGAAACUACCAUUCCAGAAGAUCAAACUGUUAUAGAAGCUUCCAAAAUUUUACCAAGCAAUAUAGAAUCUUCUAUUCUGUCAGAUGAUUUAUCGGAAUCUGAAGUUGAGCAGAUUGCUGGUAUGCCCGAUACGUUGACAGCCAGUGAAGAUGUGACAGAACCUCUAUCUGUCACUGAAAUUCCAGUUGAGUUGAAACCCACUGUUGAAAGACCCAUGGAUGUGCGCACUGAAUUUCAGGGAAAAGUAGAACCAGUUGGUAUUUCCUCCGUCGGCCAGAAAGAAUCAGUAUUCAUGCGGAUGAGUAAUCGCAUCAAGGCAUUGGAAAUCAACAUGUCUCUCAGUAGUCAGUACUUACAGGAAUUAAGUCAGCGUUACAGGCGACAAAUGGAGGAAAUGCAGCGAGCCUUCAAUCGUACCAUCGGAACAUUAAAUGAUACUGCAAGAAAAGCUGCCGAAAGGGAUUUGAAACAGCAAGAUAUUCUUAAUAAUUUACAACUUCAAGUUGCCAAUCUUUCGCAAACUGUUGAUAUGUUAGUGCAAGAACGUUCUACAGUAUUUCGACAGAUGAUUGAAACUCACGUUGGAUUGAUGGUAAUAGAAGCCAUUAUUAUGAUAACAAUCAUGUCCCUCUGCGUUCGUCGCAUCUCUUCAUCUGCUGGUCAGAUACCUUUACCUGCAAAAGAAACAGUUGUGGCUACUCGCGUCUCCAAGAGGAGAAGCUCGGUAGAUUCAUGCUCGCCUCCUGUUGCAAGAAAAGUGAAGAAGCGAUCUGCAAGUGAGGAGGCAUUAAAUGCAGGGGAAUUAUUGAUUGUUGAACCUUUGCCAGUAUUAAUUGAUCCUAUACUAAAAGCUAAAAAGAAAAAUAGGAAACGUAGUAAAGCUAUCCUAAGAAGCAACUCAAAUCCAACGAGUAACAAUUCAAGUUCUACUAGUCAUUCUACCCUGAGGCCCACUUCCCGAUCUGAUACUUAUAUACAAGCCAGUGAUAAACCAAAUCUUUUAUCACAUGAAUCUAGUAGCAAAUGUGAGAACUGUAAUGACAAUACUUGUACUGCAGCAAAAGCUCCAGAUAAAGAAAGGAGACUGAAUGGUGCUCCCUUUCAAAAUCUCACCAAUGGUUCUGUAAUCAGACCCAGAGAGUCACAAACUGAGAGUAAAUCUUUUAAAGCAAAAGAAAGAUUCAGCUUUAAAAAAUUUCUGAAAUUUCAAAAAAGGGAUUCUAUCUAGUCUGUGAGUUUAGUUGCAAUGUUGUAUUUAAUGGUGAUGAUGGUUGGUUUUUUUUUUCAUUUCAUUUAUGCUAUUUCCAUUAGCAAUUUUGUUAAAUGAUAAUUUUGCGUUAAAAGAAAUUUUUUUUUUAAUGUAUACAUAGAAUGGAAAAUAUUGUCUUUUUUUUUUUUAAUGAAACUAAUAUUUUGAUAUAUAUUUAUUUUUGGGACCAAGAUGAUAAGUUACUAUGGUUUGAAACGAAUUGAAUCAAAUAAUAUAAAUAUUUUAAAACUUUUUUUUUAAUUUAAUAACUGAACAUGUGAAGUUUUAUUUAUUACUAGUCUUUAAAUGUCUUUUUAAAGUGUUUGCAUUUAUUGAUCUUUUAAAGUGAGUUUGUAAAUAUGGGACUUAUUCUGAAAUGAUGCUGGAAAUAAAAGAAUUUAAUAACUGAA